AAGCCCUUGGUCUGCUGGACUUCUUCAUCCAUUGAGUGCUCGAACCUCUAAACUCUCAGUUUCUCUCAUCCAACUACACACCAGGAGCACCAUGGCACCAAAGAAGAAAGAGAAGGAGGAACCUCCCAAGCCAGCCCCUAAGCCUCCUGAACCUGAGCUCCCAAAAGAACCAGAGUUUGAACCCCAAAGUGUGGCGAUCGAAUUUACACCUGAACAAAUUGAAGACUUCAAGGAGGCUUUCUCCCUGUUCGACAGAACUCCGACUUGUGAAAUGAAAAUUACUUAUGCUCAGUGUGGCGAUCUAAUGCGAGCACUUGGUCAGAACCCAACAAAUGCUGAAGUCAUGAAAGUUUUAGGGAAGCCAAAGCCUGAGGAGAUGAAUUCCAAGAUGCUAGACUUUGAGACAUUCUUGCCAAUGCACCAACAUAUCAGCAAAGUCAAAGAUCGAGGAACCUUUGAGGACUUUGUGGAAGGACUGAGGGUUUUCGAUAAGGAGGGAAACGGGAGUGUCAUGGGAGCUGAGCUUCGCCAUGUGCUGGCUACACUUGGUGAGAAAAUGAGAGAAGAUGAGGUUGAGCAACUCAUGGCUGGACAAGAAGAUGCCAAUGGCUGCAUAAACUAUGAAGCUUUCGUCAAACAUAUCAUGGCAGGAUAAAAGAGGGAAUUAAUAUACCAAUAAUUUUCCACUGGAAAUGACCUGGGAAGUUUCAAGCUUUUAUUGUCUGUUAUCUUGUAAUGAUGCCCUUGAUAAUAAAUGAAAUAAAAACAAUAA